AUGAGAAUGCCUUUUUUGUCAAAGUACUUCUUAAAGAAGAAAGGAAAAGGACUGAAGGAAUGCCUUCAAGGAAAGUACAGAAAGCGGGAAAACACGACCGAGAUUUUGGAAGGUGCGCAACUAGAUUCUUGCUUUGUCAAUUUAAUCCGGAAAUAUUUGCUUGCGAGCCUUCUUCUUUGGCUUUGAUAAGUAGGCGCUGUUAAUUUUACCAGGAUCGCCGUAAAUCGUUCCCUUUAUUGAGUUCAUGUUUCGCGUGAUUUGUCCACAGUCAUGAGGUUUAAUAUAAGAGUUUACCGUAUAUUCUAUUGCAAAGUAAACUGCCGCGAGGCAACAAGAUAAGCUUAUGGUCAAUUCAAGUUCAAGUGUAUAACAUACUUCAAAUUGUUGUUUCAAGAAAAUGUUAAUGAACUUAUUGAUUAUAUUGAGAAGAAAGUAUGUUAGGUUGUGUAGAAUGCUGAUAUAUAACGAAAUUUGUUAUAUUCCCAAAAACUAUGAAUGGUAACGAACUAAUCUAUGUGUACUGUUUACGGUCUUCGAGAAACUUUAAUCUCCUAAUGUAUAAACGUCUGUCAGCUCUGAAAUUUUUUAAAACGAUUUAUACAGUCUUCGAAUUACUUGCAUAGCAUUGUAUUUCAUGUUUGUCUCGGUGGAGUGACCUGAUAUUGGCAUCUUGGCCUUGACGGCCUUUGCUUGGUUUUUAACUUAAAGAUAUAUUUAGGUCUCUGCUUCUCAUAAUUGCUUCUCAGUUAGACAUUCUUUUUUACACCCCUUUCAUGAACAGCAGCAUAGAUCAAUGAUAAUUAUUAUGAUAAUUAUUAUUAUGAUUACUAUUUUUUCCAAUGGUUUGGCUCCUUCUGAGAGAUCUGUCUUUAUAAUCAAUUUUUUUUACCGCUGGCACUGAUACUUUUAUUCUUUCUUUUUUUUCCAAGAACGUUUGAAGAGAUGCAUCUCCACACCUUGUAUCAAUACACUUUCAGAAGUGGACUUUUCAGAGUCCUAUUCACCAGACUGUGCUACGGAAAAUGCUGGGAUAUUGAUGGUUACUCAGGAACACAAUCCAAACAGAGUGCACAAUACUGGGUCAGUAAGUCUUGAACCAGUGGACACAAGCGAUCAAGUCUCACAGACAAGUUAUGACAGUAAUAGAAACUGUAAUGUUAAUGACCUUUCAGAAAAUGUUCAAAGAAUUCAUCUUAAUGCAGAAUCAUCAUGCCAGUCUUGUGUUAUUCACCAUGCUUCUCCAGAAGUCCAGAAAAUGGGUUAUCGUCACCCUCCUCCAUACCCUGAACAAAUAGAACAAAAUAUAUCAAGCCCAUUGCAUAAAUAUCGGCAUCCGCCACCAUACAGAGAGCCUGUGGACAGUAUCGACAUAGCAAGUUUUUAUGGCCAACAUGGGAACACUGGAAAUGAUUAUAGUUCAUAUUACAAUCUUGAGAAACAUUCUAGACAUCCUCCCUCAUAUGUGCAUUCAAGUGAUAGAUUUUCUCUGGAUAGUAGACUACCUAAUGGAGCAUUCCAUCAAAAUUUACCCAAGAAGGCAGUGAGUGAGUCAUUUAUUCCAAAUACUAAUGGUUAUCGCUAUGUGCAGCAUGCCCCCAACAGUGUUUCAGAAUAUUAUAAUGGCUAUGGACAUUCCAAGCCGUUUUCAAGUGCACAAGACUCUUUUAGUUACAACACAUCUUAUGGUGAGCCAUUCAUUUCUGAGGCUGGAUCACUCCAAUUAGGAUUCAUCACAAAUCAAGCCACAUCUACGAACAACUUAUUCAGUGAAACUAGAAGUGACAUGUUAAGUUAUAAGGACAGUCCUUCGCCUCCUAUUUCAGGAGGAAACCAGUCACCCUUUAUGUCACAGGCUCAAUUCAUGUCAAAACCACAAGCUUCUUAUCCUGGAAUGCAACAAGAAGGUUCAUUUUCUAAGAGAUUUUUUCCUCCUGGCAACAUGGAUGAAAAGAAGAAUUUAGUUUUUAAUGGCAGCCAGCUUCACCAGUUAGAUCUCUCCCUUCCUCCUGGCUUUGAAGUUGCAUGGACUCCAGAUGGGCGGAAAUAUUAUGUUGAGUAAGUUUUAAGUGAAUUCUUUUUGUCGUAAUAUGUUUAUAGAGUCUUUCUCUGUCAGAGGAUACCUCUCUCAGUAAAGCUUGUCCCCACCUUUAUAUUAUUGUUAUUGUCGCUAACUCUUUUUAAAGGGGAACACCUCAUUAGCAUGUGAUCCCUCCAAACAGUGACUGUGUCUGAGGCAGUUGAGUUAGAGAGAGAAGUUCUUGGUAGACAGGAGUCCAUCUAUUUCAUAACAUAAGUUUGAUAAAGCAAAUUCUCUGUUUCAAAGAAAGUAAUGAGAGAAAAAUUUAACAAGGCAAUGAGAAAGCAACAAACUAGUACCAGAUCUUUACCACUGAUCAUUUACAUGUAUAUUGUAGUAGUACCUAGUCCCUUAUCUAGCCAUGACAAGCUUAAACUGAUGCUCUACUGAGCUUUAAGUAUAUAACAACCCUCCAAGUUAAAUUUUUUUGCUACAACCCCGGACAAAACCUGUUGAGACAAAUCGCAAAAAUGCCUAUUUUUUCCUGUCAUCCCGGCAAAAACUGAAACCUCCGCUAAAUGAAUGCCCGAUUUUCCCCCUCCCCUUAUCCAAAGUUGUUUAGGAUAGCAUGGCAAUUAUACACGUUGGUUUUUAGACCAUGGCAACUUUGAAUAGGGGGUGGGGAGGGGGUUUACUUUUUGUGUUUAGGGGAGACGGGAGUAGGGCGCAAAAGUUAGAAAAUAGAUGGAAUUGUCUCAACAGUUUUGUCCGGGGUUGUAGGUUGCCAUUUGGCGACCAACUCUUUUGGUUUAGGGAGACUUUUUUACAAAUCAAGUCGCCAGCUCAAAAAUUUUAGGCACCCUGGCGACCAAAAUGGUGGGAACUUGGCAGGUUGUAUUUAAGAUUAGCUUGAGUUUUCAGUAACAGUUCUAUUGCAUAAUUUCCAUUUUGUGUCUUGCUAAAUGUAAUUUCUGAAGAUGCUGAGGUUACCCAUUCUGACAGUUAAAUAUACAGUGAACUAUUGAACCAAAUCACUGACCAUUGUAAAUUCCCACAUGUAUUCUUAAUGAAAUAAUAUUGUAAUGUUCCUGAUUUCAGACCUGAAUGUAAUAAUGGUAAAUAGGGUAUUAUAUUACUUACGGCAAGAGCUUAUUUAUUUUAUGUGUUAUUUUAGUAUCAUUUAGCUUGUUUAUUUAUUUUUUGAUGUGAUAUUAUUAUUUUCUAUUCUCUUUCAGUCACAACACAGAAACAACUGAUUGGUGCCAUCCACUAGAGAAAGCAGGUACAGUCUUAUUUCUAAGAGUUACAGGUUGCCUCCUACAGUUUUUAUAAGUGUAGUCCAGGAUCUAAUGGGCAAUUCCAGAAAAUAUCCAUACCAUACCAUGGACGGCUUGAACCAUAUUUUAAUGCCCCCUUGCCUUGGGAAUUUCCAUUUUCAUGACAAACCCUUCAGAAUAACCGGCAGGAAUUCUACUUCUGCACUUCAGUUCAGCCUUGUCACAGAGGAAGUCGUUUUGAUUCCAGAAAUUCUGAAAUGAAAACUUUAAAAAUUGAAGCUUUCUCCUUACCGCUGUUCAACAGGUGCAACCUACAUUAACUUUAUGUUGUCCUAAACUGGUACAGAAGAUUAAAAUAAGAAUAUCUUGUGAUGAACGUAUGUACAGUACUCAGAAGAUAUUUAUUAUGAUCGAGUGUAUUUUCAUUUCCACCAUCUGGCGUUUGAGUUUUUGGGGUAACCAGCUGUUCUCAAACCCAGGAGAUUCAAAAGUUAAAAUGGUAUCCUCGGUUGAAAGACCAUGCACUGUCAGAGUCAGCUUGUAGGCUGAUAAGAUAAUUUGGCCUGAGCGAUAUAAUUAUUGGCUACACUCAUUCCAUUUGAGUUGCAUGAUGCUAGCUACAGAUUUUAGCUUGUAGUGAGGCUGAUCAUGGAGCUGUGUUCUGAUGUCUUUGUUGUGUUUUUUUUAUUACUGUCUAAUUUAUCAUUUAGCUAAAAGAACAGCCAGUCAACUUAUUUUUCAUUUUUUUGUGUCAGGUUUGCCAGACGGUUGGGAGAAAAUUGAAUCUCCGAAUUUUGGAGUUUACUAUGUCAAGUGAGUUUUAAUGUUCUGUUAAAAAAUUUUUUUAUUAGCUCUACUCUCAAAGCAAGAAAGUACUUUGGUGUCAGUAUAAUUAUUUCAAUCUGUUUCAAAAAUAAUGCUCUAUUCUUGACACAGAAUGUGUCUAUACAGUUAGAGCUAAGUGUAUUAGGCCCAGGCCAAACGUCAAACAUGAACUUUUUAUGAGACAAACCAAACUUAGAGACUUCAGUUCAUGGAAAGUUCGAUGUCUAGCUCAGUUAAGUUUGUCUGAAUGAGUUUGGAUCACCCAACACCAUCUAUCCAUCUGCUUCAGACGCAUUACGUCUGAAUUUCAUCUCGAGAAAAAACGUCGAUCUUCACAUGCGACGAACUAAACUGAUAGACCAAAAAUUUGUAUUAUAUUGUAUAUUUAGCCAUGUUCAGAAGAAAAUUUAUUAAAAUUGCUUUUUGAUCUGAUUCAGUUGAUUGGUUUGACGCAGCCUAAGUUUGAUGUCUGACCCAACUUAGAUGUUCUUAACUUAAUUUAAGUCGACCCAAAUUAGAGUUCGGUUCAUCUCAUGAAAAUUCUGCAUUUUGCUUAGGCCCCAUAGAUGUUCUAAAAAGAGAAGUUUGACAGCAAUAGUUUUUUAUUAGUUUUGCUCUAAUGCAUAAUUUGAUUGUUAUUUCUAUACAGUCAUAACACAAAAAUGGCUCAGUAUGACCAUCCAGCCAAAACACAGUUUAUUCAGCAACAGCAUCAGCAGGAUAUGAGAGGGUCAGAGAGUAUAAGGCAAGAAUCUCAAGCCAUCCCAGCACAGAAUCCCCUGGUCCCUGCUAAUCCUUAUAUCAGUGAAGGUAUGGUUACCAUUAAUCCCCUGCCAAGCCAAUCAGGAGCUGACUGUGUAUUCUAGGCAGUUUGGAGGAGGUGGGGGUGUGGUGGGGGUGGGGUGACUGGGGGUUAAGAGAGGCUGGUGUUACUGAAAGAGUUACUUCACAAAUUCCCAACUUGUCCUUUUCUUCCAUUGGCAAAUUGUCUUGGAGCUGAAUACAUUGUAAAAAAGUAAUUUCUUACCUUAAUUGCCAUUCCAAUGCAAGGAAAACUUAAUUUGUGGUCAUUUCACAUGUGCAAUUCUGCAGAUUGACUGAAUGGAAGUGUACAAUGUACGGUGUGAUGCAUGGGCAUUUUUUUUUUCAUCUAAACUUGUUAUUCUCACUUUCUCUUUAAUGUUGACAUAAUAGUCUGCCAUGAUGGAAUAUACCCUUUGCAGAUUAUAUGAUGAGAAUUAGAAUUACAAUAGUUUCAGAAGGUCCCACUUGUCUUGUUUCUUUUUAACAAUUAUCCAUUUGGUAUUGCAAAAGAAUCAGUAUUAAAAGAACAUCUUAAAUAUCAUCUGGUAUAUUUAUUAAGGCUUACCAGUAAUACAUUAAUUUCAAUUGAUUUAUUUGCUUUCUUCAGAAAUUCCCGAGUGGCUGCAAGUUUAUGCCAAAGCAUCUCCCGACUAUGAUGGUUUCCUGAAGGUAAGUCUCUCACUGUAACAUACUCACACUUCUUAGCUUGUUAGGGGAGAUGAUGUCUACUUAGAACAGCAGUCGGUGCCUGGGCCGCUUGUGCUCUAGAAUUGCCUGAUGGCCCCUGGUGAUUUACUUUUGCUUACAGGUGACAAGGAAUCAAAGAUCCUGGAUUUCAUAAUUCAAUUCAAUUCAAUUUUAUUCACACUUUUAUAAAAUAUUUACAUUAUAUAUAGUAAGGUAGGAAUACACUAAUAAAGAAGAAGAAGAAGGAAAAAAGAAAAUUAAUGGCUUGGAUAGAAGUGUACGGUGGUCAGAGGAGCUUAGCUUUUGAGCUAAUCAUAGGUUCAGAGUUUUAAAGUUUCCAGUAUGGUCUUAGGCUAAUAGUGUUUUUGACGCUCCUGAAGUCUGAACAUCUGCGUGGCUAUGCUUGUACACUGUAGCCCAAUGAAAAGUAAAGUUUUAAUAGAAUAGCAUCUCCUAAGUUUUCUUAUUUCUGUUUUAGUGGGAUUUGUUUCGAUAUGCUGAGCUGGAUUGUUGGCAGGCAAUGUUGAAGAGAUUAUACAAGAAAGAGGUUGAACAAGUUGUUAUGAGACAUGAGGAGUACAGGCAAGCUUUGCAAAGAGAGCUGGAACAAAAACAAAACCAACAAGAAGAAGAACAAGCUCUUGCUGAUCUGGAUGAGUUAGACAAAGAACUUGCAAAAUACUGACCAUAAACUGUGCGGUCCGGAGUGGUCAUGGAUACUUGAAUGACGAUUGAAUGACACAUGAUGGCUCUUCAGAGACAAAAACAACUCUGAAAAAAUUAGAACUCAAACUUUCUCAUUCUGAAAUAGCCUGUUGCAGCCACACCCCUAUCCCACCCCCACUGUUUUCCUGCUUACAUCUCUUUGUGUCAUCCCCACAAUCUUAACCCCUGGAACAGGUGAAGUUUUAGCCUGUGAACAGGCUCUCUGUUUGGGGAAAAAAACAGUUCCCCACUCGACCAAAGGCCUGUUCACAGGCUAGCGAAGUUUGAAAGAGCUAAGGAUCUCAGGUUGUGUGAAUUUUCGUGUAACACGUAAAGUUGUUGUAAUUAUUGUUCUUAAUAUUUUGUCUUUGUCAGUGUUUGGUGAACUAUUCCCCACAGUUAAUUAUUAAAUGUUAAAUAAACACUGGUAAUUGUUGUUUGUAUUACAUGUAAAUGUAUUGAGUAACAGUGGUCUUCCUUUGCUCAUGUACAUGUAGUCAUGAAUAGUAUGGUUAAUAUUGACUUUUGGUUAGACACUGAAGACUCUAACACAACUUGCCCAUGAUGUAAUUUUAGCACGUCAAAGUACCUGUUGCUAAAAGAGAAGAAGAAAAUUUGUUUUAUUGAUAUUAUUAAAUCAUGACUGAUGUAGUGCUGUUCUGUAAACAUCAACUACAAAUUUGAAUCAUCAGUUUUAGAAUUAAAGAAUAUUGAUGUAUGACAAAAUUGUGACAUUGUCACAUGCUUAAACCAAGACAUUAUGGCAGCUAUUUCGACUGUGUGGCUUGAUGUGAUUGUAAGAAUACCUGUAACUUUGAAAAAUUCAAGGAAAUACAUAACAAAGUGUGCAUUUAAAAUUAAAGCUUGUCUUGCUUACAACUCCACAGGUUCUAAAGUGUUACACUGUUUAAUUAACCCUUUAAGCCCCAAUAUCCACAUACAAAUUCUCCAGACUGAUCUCCAUACAUUUCUUUUAAGAAUAGUUGAGAGAAUUUGGUUCAAGAUGAAAACGUUCUCCCUUUGGUAAUCAAUUUAUUAAUUCUCAUAACCUAAGUUACUCUUGUUGAUCUACUGAUGUUGUUUGGAGAAAAUUAAUGUUGGUCACUCUUGGGACCUAAAAGGUUAAGAACCCGCCCUUAACAGUCUCCCUCCACCCCUUUUCCUACCAGUCUAUAACCCGGCAACCUUGUAUUACGAAUUAUUCCAUUACCCUGAUUUAUCAUAGUACAUUAUAUUAUUGUAAAGAAGUUUGAAUGCAUAAAAAAGACAGAAAUUCCUGGGAUACUUAAUUUCGAAGGAUCCGUUGUGUCAUCCCCACAAUCUUAACCCCUGGAACAGGUGAAGUUUUAGCCUGUGAACAGGCUCUCUGUUUGGGGAAAAAAACAGUUCCCCACUCGACCAAAGGCCUGUUCACAGGCUAGUGAAGUUUGAAAGAGCUAAGGAUCUCAGGUUGUGUCAAUUUUCGUGUAACAUGUAACGUUGUAAAUUGUUCUUCAUAUUAUUUUGUGUUUGUCAGUGUUUGGUGAACCAUUCCCCACAGUUAAUUAUUAAAUGUGUAAAAAAACACUGAUAAUUGUUGUUUGUAUUAUAUGUAAAUGUAAUGAGUAACAGUGGUCUUCCUUUGCUCGUGUACAUGUAGUCAUGAAUAGUAUGGUUAAUAUUGACUUUUGUUUAGACACUGAAGACUCUAACACAACUUACCAUUGAUGUACUUUUAGCACGUCAAAGUACCUGUUGCUUAAAGAGAAGAAGAAAAUUUGUUUUAUUGAUAUUAUUAAAUGAUGACUGAUGUAGUGCUGUUCUGUAAACAUCAACUACAAAUUUGAAUAAUCAGUUUUAGAAUUAAAGAGUAUUGAUGUAUGACAAAAUUGUGACAUUGUCACAUGCUUAAACCAAGACAUUACGGCAGCUAUUUGGACUGUGUGGCUUGGUGU